ACUUCAGGUAUCAAAUGGUGGGUGGAAGAAACGUACCUUUGCUUGGUCGCAAUUUCGACCUCUCACCCGCAGUGUCGCGGUUCUCCGCUGCCCGCAUGUAUUUGAGACGUGGAGCCAAGAGACCGCUUUCCAAGAAAGCCGAAGAGCCCCUCAUGCUCCCACUCCAACGAACGGGGCCAAAAUUCAAGCUUGGACAUCACAAGAAGGUCCCACUCAGGAAGACUCUCACUCCGGGUACCGUCUGUAUUGUGCUUGCUGGCCGUCAUAAGGGAAAGCGCGUAGUGUUCUUAAAGCAGCUCGAGAAGUCUGGUCUUCUUCUUGUUACCGGGCCACACAAACUCAACAACUUCCCUCUGCGAAGAAUCGCUCAGGCUUUUGUUAUCGCCACCAAAACCAAAGUCGACGUGUCCGGAGUGAAAAUCCCUGACCACAUCAAUGAUGAUUACUUCAAGAGGAAGACACUUGGUGGAAAGAAGGGAGAGAAUAUUUUCGCCGCAGGAAAGGUCGAAUAUCAGGUCACCGAACAACGUAAGACUGACCAGAAAGCUAUUGAUCAGCCAAUCCUCGCCGCUAUUAAGAAGCAUCCAGAGCACAAAUUCCUCUUUGGUUAUUUGGGGUCACGUUUCAUGUUGGGAAAGAGGCAGUAUCCUCACAACAUGGUGUUUUAA